AUGGUUGCUUUGCUCUGCAGCAUUGAAUAUACCAAGAAAGAAAGAACGAAUAAAAGCACCGGAAAAGAAGACAGUAGGGAAGGUCAGUUUAGCGCUCCCCGCUCUGCAACGAGCCGAGAAGAAAAUCUACUUUGUUUUGCCCGAUCAACUAUUGAAGAAAACGAUUGUCUGUCUGAUGUACCUGAUCCGUUUGAGGACUCUGGGUCUAGCUACUGCCCAGAUUCAGAAGACUCUUCAGAGGGUGCAAGAAACAAAAGAAAAAAAGAAUACAUACACCAAGUGAAUAAGCGCCUUCGAAGAGAAGCCAUCCCAGACGAUAUUGCAGACGAGAACAAAAGAGCGAAAAAAUUUCAACAAGAAAAAAACGAACGAAAAAGGAAUAAAAGAAAAUUGCUUCGUAUGCUCGGGAAGGAAUAUGAAGGCAAGAAAAGAUUGGCGGAGAAUGGAGCAUCUGCAUGGCAAUUCGCAAAAAUACCUGAGUACAUUGUAUAA